AUGGACUCUGUUCCCUCAGUGUCCUCCCAAAAGGAGGAGCCCUCUGACAAGCCAAGUCCUCAACCCUCUAAGUCUAAGAAGGCUGAAGACAGAAAGAAGGCUGUUGGUCAAAACUCAUCGUCUAAACGCCAACUUAGAUCAUCUGGACAAAUCUUAGACGAAUCUCCAUCAAUACCACCUACCCCUGUCACAACUUCAAAAAGUAAACCUUCAAUCACAGAAUCUAAAGACCCCUCGCUACCUCCAUCACCAACAUUAGAACAAGCACCUCCAAAAGCCACAGAAGAGGCCAUUCCUUCAGAAACCAACAUUGAGCCAAAAUCUGACUGCCCAAUCUCUGCAACCUCCAUCCCAGCGCUCACUCUGUCACCAACAUCCGAGCAGAUUCCUCCUCAAGCCACAGAAGAGGCCACUCCUUCAGAAACCAGCAUUGAGCCAAAAUCCGACUGCUCAAUCUCUGCGACAUUCAUCCCAGCGCUCGCCCUGUCACCAACAUCAGAGCUGGAACCUCCACAAGCCAUAGAAGAGGUCAUUCCUUCAGAAACCAGCGUUGAGUCAAAUUUAGGUGAACAUUUAUCAGAACAAACAGAUGGUCAAAGUAAAGAACACACGAGCCCAGUCAUAUCUAAACCUAAGCUUAGAUCAGCCAAGACUGAACCAGAGGAAAGUGAGGGCGAGAAAGUUGAAAGUGUUCAAAAAGAGAACCCAGUGAAGGAUGAACCACGGGUAAUGUCUUUGAGAAGUAAACGAAGCCUUCAACUUGAUCCGGAACCUAGCAAGACAUCAGCAAAAUCAAAACCCAACGAAGUGCAAGUAGAAAGCUCUUCAAGUGCAGACACCACUGGCCCCGUCAACAAAAAACCCGCCAGAAUGCCUUUGAGAAGUGAGGCCAACAAGGUGGAUCAGGCCCCGCCCACAGAGGAGAAGAGGCCACUACGGUCACAGAGAUCUAGUUCUGCUGCUCGCAAACUGAGUGAAGAGCCCUCACUGAUUCGAAUGACUAAAACUCUGGCUGAGCCCACUCCUCAGAGAUCAUCCAAAAGCGGUGUUUCUUCAAAAUCAGAGCCAAUAAGAUCACCCAGCGUCAAGUUCUUAAACGCUUUGAAUGGGGCUAAAAACCAGCAAUUAAUCAGCAACCUCAAUCUCAAGUUUGACAAAAUGCACAAAGGCUGGAUGCAAUUAGACCGGGAAGGCCAGCCCGCACCUAAACACAAAAACAAAGCCGACAGGCAGGCAGCUAUUUGGAAAAGUAAACGGCGAGUGCGGAAACCCAAACUUUUAGAUAAUCAAAAAUAUUCUCCAGUCCAAAUGCUCUUCAUGAAAGGCUUUGAUCUUGACACCAUUUGUCGUUGGUUUCUUCAAACGACUGAAACAAAAUCUUUGGUCAUAGUUAAAAAGGUGAACACGCGCCUCCCAUCGGAAACGCAGCUCUGUUUCCACAGCUCCGGCGCGUCAGGGAGCGCACUAGGCGUCUAUCCGAGUCUGCAGGCAGAGCGUCUGAAGAAACAUUUAAAGAAGUUUGCAAUCGCAUCACCUGUGAAGAGCAACCCCAAGACCCAGAAACUCAUAGCCAAAGCAUUAGAACAAGAAUUGAUAAGUGUGGUCAAAGGAAAAGAGAAAAAGGAAGAGACGAGUGCGGUUGUGAGAAAGAUUGCUUUGUCUAGCAAAAAUGAGCCACAGAAAGCAAAAGGGGGCAAAGCACAAAAUCCAGCCAGUGCAAGAAUCUUAAGGAAAUACUCAAAUAUUAGAGAGAAGCAGGCAAACGCUCGAUUAAAAGAGAAGGCAAAAGUAAACGCCAAUUUGAAAUCCCUCACAAAGGAAGCAUCAAAAAACAGCAAUCUCAAAGCAUUGAAAUCGGCACCUGUGAAAAAGCAGUUAGAUGUCGAGCCAAAGUCUGAUAAAAAGAAGGUUGUGGUUGAGAAGGCAAAUGUAGAGAAGUCAAUAAAACCAGCUAAAAAAGACAAGGCCGUCAAGAGUGUCAAGGCAGCCUGUGAGAAACUAGAGGUCAAGGACGAGGUGAAGAAGGAGCUGCCAAAGAGGACGUCUAAACGACUCGGACCACCCCCACCUGAGCAAACUGUCGGCACAACGCCUAAAAGCAAGACAGAGAAGAAUGUGGAAGAAAAAAAGCCAUUAGAAACAAGCAGACCCCCGAAAACCAAAGCUGUGAAAGUUCAGAAAGAGCCCCCUGUAGAAUCCGAAACCAAACGUUCUGAUAAUCCAGAAACGAACAAUGACGGCAAAGCUCCAAACUCGCCCGAUCAGGUCCAGACCAGGUCCCAGAGAAGAGUGGACAGCGCCAGUCCUGUCCCCGCGUCCCCCAAAAGUGUCACAAAGAAGUCUGGGAAGGGGAACAGAACGCCCCCUGCAGAGAAGCCCGCUCUCACCCGAAGCAGCACGCUAAAACUGUCAGGAAAGAGAAGCCAAACCGCAGUGUUACCCCGCAGUGCGUCCAAAAGGGCCCAGGAGGCGCUCGAGACCCCCGCGAAACGCACCAGGUCAAAAUAA